UCCAAAUUAGUUUCCAUGUUUUGCAUGUCUAUUUCUUUUCCAGAAAGAGCUGAAAGCGAAAUGAAGCUGACUUUUUCCUUGUGUUUAUUGCUGGUUGGUUUGCAUACUCUUGCCCUGUGUCAUCAGCAUCCUCGCUACCGUAAUAAGCAGGACGAUGCUAAAGGGACAUAUUAUCCAGGACGUAGUUCUCAGUGGGAAGAAGCUUCUCCACUUAAGAACAAAACCUUUGUCAAACUAGUUUUCAGCAAUGCUGACUUUGCAUUUUCCUUUUACAAGCUGGUCGCAUCUGAAGCAGCACACAAAAAUAUUUUCUUUUCACCCAUAAGCAUCUCUGCCUCCUUUGCAAUGCUGGCACUUGGUGCCAGGGCUGCGACACUGACACAGAUUUUGGAAGGGCUUGCCUUUAACCUGAAAAAGACUCAGGAGCAGGAAAUACAUGAAGGUUUUGGCCAACUCCUCCACAUGUUGAACCGUUCAGACAGUGAGUUCCAGCUGAGCCUGGGCAAUGCCCUUUUUAUAGAAGAGACACUAAAACCACUACAGAAGUUCUUGGAUGAUGUCAAAAGCAUUUAUGAGUCUGAAGUCUUUUCUACUGACUUUAACAACUCUGUUGGUGCUGAGAAUCAGAUCAACAGUUAUAUUGAGGAAAAGACAAAUGGGAAAAUUUUAAAACUAGUGGAAAAUCUUGAUCCUCUGACUGCAAUGGUUCUUGUUAACUAUGUCUUCUUUAAAGCCCAUUGGGAGAAACCAUUCAGUACAGCACAGACAAAACAGGAAGAUUUUUUUGUGGAUCAGAAAACUUCUGUAAAAGUUGACAUGAUGUAUCGAAAGGGUUACUACAGAAAUUAUUUUGAUGAAGAGCUGUCCUGUUGGCUGGUUCAGAUACCUUACAGUGGAGGUGUUGCAGCAUUAUUUGUUUUGCCUGAUGAAGGGAAGAUGAAGCUGGUAGAAGAUGCCCUCUUGAAAAGAACUGUAUCUAAAUGGGAAAAGUCCCUCCAGGACAGAAAGAUACAUCUGCACAUUCCAAAAUUUUCUAUUUCUGGUACCUAUGAUGUGAAAAAUAUAGUCAAACAAAUGGGUAUGGUCAAUCUGUUUACUGAACAAGCUGAUCUCUCUGGGAUUACUGAGGAGCCUGGACUGAAGGUUUCAAAAGUGAUCCACAGAGCCAUGCUGAAUGUUCAUGAGAACGGCACUGAGGCAGCCGGGGCCACAGUGAAGGAGGUGACCUGGAGAUCUGGGGAUUUUCCUCGCCCACCUCGAGUCAGAUUCAACAGACCUUUUCUCCUGGUGAUUCUGGAUAAAUUCACCCACACUGUCCUCUUCAUUGGGAAAAUUGUAAACCCUAAGCAAAAUGACUGAUUGACAAAACUUAUCCACAUCACUGGCUAUAUUCCUGUGAUCUAGUGAAACACUUCUCUAUGUGUACCACGCUGUGCUAGUGCUCAUCUUUCAACCAUUAUCCUUAGAAACUUUAUUAAUCCCUUAAAAUACAAAAAACUGUUUUUCCUUGUCCAAAAGUCACUAGGAUUUUCCACAGCCUACACCUGAAUAUAACAUGUAGUGCUAAUGAAAUACAAGCCACUUUUCACCAGUCCUGCAAGAAGCCCUUUCUGACAUGCUCCUGUGGGGUAUUCAAUUGGUUCAAAGUCUCCAAUUGAUGUAGGCAUUGCUGUACAGUCACAGGGUGUGCAUGUGAAAGGAGAAACAGGAAAGUUAUAAGUCCUGUCUGUUUAAUCCACUAACCCUUGAUGACUACUCUUGGAUGCAGAUCUCUUUAAUAUUGGAGUGAAUUUUCAUUAAUUUCUUUAAGUUUUGUAACCAAAUGUGGCAUGAAACUGCAGGAUCAGUGACUGAGACUUUGGAGGACGCACCAAUGUAAAGAGCUGAUGAAUGCAGCUGUUUUAGCUUGACUUCCUCUGUCUCCUCCUCAGCAGAAGCCCUUUGCAAGGAGACAAGAAGGCUGCUUUUACUGUAUAGAUAAUUUUAAUUCUACUAAGAAAGGAAUCCAUAGCAGAAAAAAACCUUCUGCUUUACUCUACUAACAUAAUGAUUGCUGCUAAUGCCUCGAGAUCAAAGCCUGAUGGAGUAGUCCAUGACAUAGCACCAUCUUCCUUUCCAUAGAUUUGUUGUCACUGUCAUUUCUUGUUUCUCCUGAUGCCACCUUCAGUACUCACUUUACAGCUAAACUUGACAGAUUGUGGUAGAAAAAAGGAGGAAUGAAAAUUAUAACUCCAGAAAGGUUGCAUUUCCUCAGUAGGAACAGCAGAGCUUCCUAGGGACUGUUAACUUGGUUUAAGCUAUCAUAAACACAAAGAAAAAAUGCAGAAAAUAUUUCAGAAGUCACUUUUCUAAAUGUUAGCAGUGGAUUACUGUUAUAGAGUAAAAACAGACUGGGAAUUGAUAUUUGUACCUUUUCUUAACUUAAGGUUCCUUGAAUCCAGCUACACUAGAUAGUUGCAUGGUUAUGAAAGAAACAUAACUUUACUUACAAAGAAGUAAAUAUUUAAAUUAUUUUAUUAUUUUUUGCUUUAGUUUUUAAAUCAACACCUUUAGUGCAUCUUAUUAAAAUAUAGAAAGCCAAAGAAGACAUGUAAA